AUGGCCACUUCUCCUACCCAAGACCGCAUGGGGGAGCCUCGUGAGCCCAUAAUGUCCUCCGAGAGAGCUAAGAAGGACACUCUUCUCUGGGAACCAAUCCGCUAUGCCAUAGCCACGCACAUGACGGACGUCGCGUCCAUGAAGCAGCCCAUCUCGGGCCCCGAGGAUGGCGAUGUCCUUGCGCUCGUGUACUUCCCGAAGGAACCAACAAAACUCGCCCGCGACGGCAAGCCGUGGCCCGAAGUCAUCAAGAUCCGGAUGAAGUCCGAGCGGCUGCUGUACAUCAUCGACUUUACUCCCCCGGUCGAGGGCCAGGAGCUGGCGGAGAUCACCGCGGCCCUGUGGCUACCCAAGAUGGUGAAGCUCUGGUGGCUGGCCGGCAUGUUUAUUCCCGAUGAGAUCCUUGAGGUGCCGCAUCUGCGCGGGCUGCCGGAUUUCCCUAUGCGACCGCUCGCCAACCGCCCUGUUGGACCCCUCCUGGUGCUGGGCCAUGAUGAUGUGUGCAGGAGCAGGCAGUGUGUUUCGAGACCGCCGAGCGUGAUGGCUCCUGAUAGAGAGACUGAGCUUGUCACGCUGGGUAUCACGAACACCACAGACUGGAAGGCGAAGCAGGGUGUGCCGGGGAUUGUGGAUGACGACGAGGCGAGGGAUGAUGAUCGCGGUGGGUAUAUGGUGCGCUGGAGGAGGGUUGAGGAUUAUUGUCCUGAGAGACAUCGGGCCACAAUUGUUAGAGUUUUGAGGGCAAUCAAUGGGGAUAAUCUGUGGCUGAACUCUGCUGUUAGGAUGUGGACUGUUGCUCAAGUUGGGCUGUGGUUAGAGGUUCCCCAAGUUGUGACUGAUCGCGUUACACAGUGGUUUCUUUCACCCCCCAGCACCAAAUUUAUCGAGAUCUGCCCUGAGCGUGCCUUUCAGAUCGCCUAUGGCCUCAAGAGCCCCAGCGUCUUGAUUGCUGCUUUCAAGAUCCUGGUCGCCGAGCGCGCAAUCGACUAUGCCUCUCCUACUUUCGCGACCACAGAACGCCCCCCGCACUCCUGGGUCCUCCGUCCCCGCGACGACUACGGAGACUUCCCCCCGACCCGGUCGAGUACGCAGCCCGGGCCUUCGCAGACCGUGUCGCUUCCCUGGCUCAUGGCCCUCGGCCAGGCGACCACCAGACUCCCGGACGACGACCCCCUGAAGGUCGCUUACGAUAAACUCGUCCACUUCUUACUCACCGCAUUCCAUCUACUCGUAGAUCAUUGCCGGACCCCUCUGGAGCACAUCACCCUCCCCCAGAAAGACUGCGACUACUUCGACAAACUCCUCGACCUCCUCGAGUCCCAGUGUAAGCACUGGAUCCCCGUCCCCAACCGGUCUUUAUGGAGCCUUCGCGGCACAUACAACAAACUGAGCACGGCCCAGCGUGUGUUGACGCCCAUCUUCUGGCGUCGCCUGCGCCGCCUGUUUGACGUGGAGAACCAAAUCUCCCGUGCGAUGAACGCGGCGCUCCGGACCGCCAGCGUCCGCUCCCCAGCCCUGCAUUGUACGCUGAACUUGAUGGCGGAGGAGUUUAACCGCCAGCUGCUUCUGGCGCUCACCCAGCCUGAGGUGGCUGACAAGGGGGAGGUUGUUGGCCCUGCCAGGCUGACGAUCGACGCCGCUACGCUACCUCCCCACCCGCUGAAGCAUGCUGCCGCGGUUUACUCUCAAGGGAUUUACUUCUUCCUGCGCAAGGGCGUGCUCGACAUGGUCGAAAGCGUGCUUGGUCCUGUGACGAGGGACAUAGAUCCCGACUCGGGCGUCAUGCUCGUCUUGUCGGAUUCGCUCCUCUACACGGCCGUCUGGGAGAACGAGAUUAAAUACCUACCGUUGUGGGCAGGCGGCUUGGAUGAUGGGUCGGGGGGUGUGUUCCAGGAGGGGGAGGUGCCUCCUCCGCCGCCGGCGGUGGCUGCAAUUGAAGCUGAUGGGGCUAUUUGGGGAGGGAGGUCGGGAUGGUCCAUGCUUGGUGGGGAGAUGAACGGAACUUCUAUUGCCAUGUCGGGUAUUGAGGGUAGUGAGCUUGAUCAUGAGGAUGAUGGUGAUACGGUUGUGUUGAGCAGAGGCAGGGGGAUAGAUGGCCCCUCGGAGGUAUUUAGUCUCGCCAGUGGGGAGACAAUUUUCAGGAGUGUGGAUGUUAAUAUGAGCUGUGCGAGUGUGAGUACGAUGGGUGUAGUUACGGCUCCGCUGUCGGAGAUGGAGUUUGAAGCGGUUGGUUAUGAGGGGAUGAGGGAGGUUGAGGAGCAGCCUGCUCAGAGCCAAGCUCAGGCUGUGGUUACUACUACUACUACUACUGCUGCUGCUGCUGCUGCUGCUGCUUCUGAGAGUUUGGGGGAGAAUGAGAAUGCUGGUAGCAGUCAGCAAAUGAAGAUGGUGUUUGAGGAUUCGGACUUCGAUGUGGAAGAGGAGGAUGAUCUGGAUCUGUUUAAUGGGGAAAUGAUUUGA